ACAAAAAUUAUAAAUAUGAGUGUACAUCUUUUGAGUUCAGACAGCGAAGAGUUCAAGGUUGACAAGGAGGUUGCCGAGCGUUCCGUCUUGAUCAAGAACAUGUUGGAAGAUAUUGGAGAUUCUGAUGCACCCAUUCCUCUUCCUAAUGUUACUUCCAAGGUUUUAGGAAAGGUCAUUGAAUGGUGUACUCAUCACCGUGACGAUCCUGUUACUCAAGAUGAUCAAGAAAGACGUAAUACUGAUAUUGACGAGUGGGAUCAAAAGUACAUGGAAGUUGACCAAGAGACCUUAUUUGACAUUAUUUUGGCUGCUAAUUAUCUCGAUAUUAAACCUCUUCUUGAUGUUGGAUGUAAGACAGUUGCCAACAUGAUUAAGGGUAAGAGUGCCGAAGAAAUCAGAAGAACCUUCAAUAUUACCAACGAUUUCACUCCUGAAGAAGAGGCUCAAAUCAAGAAGGAGAAUGAAUGGGCUGAGGACCGUUAAAAAAACACAAGGAAAUGUCCCAUUAAAUAAAAAAUUUUGACAAAAAAA